AUGUACAUCAUCCUAACCCAAACCCAACCCUUCACGACCCAAACUCUCCACCGCGCCACAGUUGCGGGCGCAUACACCUCAGUCGAGCAAGCACAGAACAAAAUGGAAGACAUCUCCAAACGGCACGAAAUUGGCCAAGUAGAUAAUGUCAGCGAAAUCAUCCCGGUGGGCGAGAACGGUCUGCAGGGAACAGCUUUCCGGCACAAAGAUGGCUCCCGCUUUGCAGUGUGGAUCGAUGUUGUGGAUCUGGAGAUUGAGAGGCCGGAGCGACAAUUGUUGAAUAGAUUCCGUCCUCGUGGUGAUAGGACUAUAAGGCCAGGCGCGAAGACAAUGACCUCGGGGUUAUAG